UUCACAAUAACGGGUGUUCUGGAGCGCAGCGCGGCCAGACGAGCUUCGACCCUCCAGGAGGAGCCACCGGCGGCGGGCUGAAGAGCUUCGAUGGGAAUCUCCGGCUGCUGCUGCGCUUCAGGUGACGGUGAGAGGAGACCAUGAAAGCGGCAGAUAUGCGGGUUUUCCUCCCGGUGCUGUGCGCUCUGUGCGCUCUGUGCGUCCCGACGGUCCGCGGGAUCUUCGCCGGAAUGUGUCCGAGGAAAGACCCUCCCCCCGGUGUGUUGGUUUUAUCUCCCGGCAGCGAGCUGGUUCUGACCUGCAGCGGUCACGUGAAGGUGGACGGACUAAAGGUCGGCUUGUCCAGAAGCAGCGAUGCCGGACGAAGCGCUCCGAGUGUGAGGACAACAACUCAGAAGGUCACAAGCAACAGUGCAGUGUCAGGUCAAGUGAGCCCCGCCCCGGGAGAAGACAGAAGAUACACAGAAGAUACCGGACGCACAGAUUCUCCUCAUGUGGUUCAUCCGACCAGCAACAAGCUUGACUCUGACUGGACAGACGAAGAGGUCAUAGACUAUGAGGAUGAGGAUGAGGAGGAGGAGGAGGAGGAGGAAGGAGGCAGAGUGACGAGAGGCAUCAAGUCGAGGCCUCAGUGGAGGUGGAAUAAGAUGCCGAUGGGGUCUGGAGAUAAAGACUGGGGAGACUUCACAUUUGGAAGAAGUGAGGCGACGCUUUCUCUGAGCUCGGUGAGGCUGGAAGACUCGGGAAAGUACAGCUGCCAUCGCAGAGGCCAAGAAAGGUUCACAGUCAAAGUGAUCGUUACAGAUCCUCUGGAGAGUCCCAAUCUGUUCUGCUACAAAAGGUCACCCAGCAGCAAAAUUCGCUGCGAAGCGACGCUUCAGAAGUCCGUCAUGAAGCAGCCUCAGUGUUUCCUCUCGCUGAGCAAAAGCAUCAAAGGGAACUUCCGUCAGCUGCCGUGUUCGUACUCGCACCAGCACUCCCGCUGCUGGUGCGCUCUGGACCACAUCGACGACGACGUCAGAACCCUUCACAUGGCCUUCCUGUGCGUCACCGGCAUCACGGGAAACGCCACCAGCAACCUGCAACAGUUUACGCCUCUGACCAUUCUGAUGCCGGACCCUCCUUCCAACGUGUCCGUCCACCAGAAGGAAGGACAGGAGACGUGGAUGCAGGUCACCUGGAAUUCACCGGCGUCCUGGAAGCAGCAAGACAGCCACUAUCACCUCAUAUAUGAGCUCAAAUACUGGCCUGCCAAGUCUUCGUUCUAUCACGAACAGGUAGUUGAGGAUGUGAACCGGCGCUCCUACACCAUCACUGACGCGAUGCCCGGGGUCGAGUACCUGAUACAGCUCAGGGCCAGGGACGAGUUUGAUGGUCAGUGGAGCAACUGGAGUUCACCUUUCUCUGCCAGGAGCUGGACAGCUGAAAGCACACUGAUGGACGACGCGGCCACAACGAUGUUAUCCGACACGGCCGAAGGCACCGGUUCCGGCGCAGAGUGGGACUUCGAUGUUUCCCCGACCGAACCCGACGCUGUGCUGGAGGUGUCUCCUCACGUGCUGUGGAUCUCCGCUGUGUUCGCCUUCCUGUCGGUCAUUUUGGCCGCUUACAUUUUCAGACACAAGGACAGAUUCAUGUCUAAACUCCACAAUCUGAUCCCUCGCUGCGGUGACUCGUCUCCUCCUCCUCCGUCUUCAGUUCCGGGGGCUCCAGAAGUUCAGGUUCUGAUGACGUUCGCUUCGCCGGUUCGCAAAGAACCAGCGGGAAGUGACACAGAAGAAGGAGAAGGAGAAGAAAAUGAGGAAGGAGAGACCGCGAGGGAGACGACGGACGUCAUGCACUUCAACAACACCAGCUACUUCUUGCUGCAGAGGGAGUGAAGAUGGUGCAGGAAGAGGAAAAAGCGAACAGAAACUUGUAGUUGUUACAGAUGACAGGAUGGAUGAAGGACUUCUCUGAUGAGCUUCUGUUGGAUGCCAGAUGUACAGUCUGUCCCUCGAUCACUCUGACUCUGUCUCACGCCUCAAAUACCUCUUAAAGACUUCAUUUUUUGGUUGUUUUAAGCUCUUCUGUCUGUCACAUGUGCCAAUUUAAGAUGUUUAAACUGUAGAAAGGGUCGAUCGGCGGCCAGUUUCUAGCACAAAACCUCAUGUUCCAUUUGUAAAGUCUUUCACUUGCUAAAUAUUCUUUAUUAUAAGCAUUUUCACUAAGUCUGGGAUCUCUUUUUCUUUUUCUUUUUUAGCGUAAAACACUUAAUUUGCAGCAUUUCUAUGCAACAAUUUGUGCCUUUUCUGCAUAAAUUUGUGGUGAACUCCAAAGAUGAUGGAAUAUAGUGGAUUUGUGUUUCUCUCUGGUGAAUUUUAUGCAGCAAUUUGUGCCUCUUCUGCAUCAAUUUAAAGCUGAAAUGUCUUUUAUUUAUUGUGGGGGGAAAAAAAACCAAAAACUACAGACAAAUGCAGAUGUUCUGUUGGAAAAAAUCUGCAUCUAUGUUUUUUACAAGCCAAAGAAAUGGCAAAAAGUUGCUGUGAAUAAGAUGCCGGAGCUUCAUCUGGUUCCUGUGGGGUAAUUAUUACAUUUAUGAGUGUUUCUGGGAUUAUUAAUGGAUGUGCCUUCGUUAACUUUAUCAUGACGCUUGAAUUAAACAUUUGUUUUAAGGUCUGA